AUGUUCAUCGACAUCAAUGACUUGAACAAUGACUUGAAAUCAGGUUUGAGCGGGUCCGCUCCCGAAUCCCGAAUACGCCCGGGAAGGCGCAGCAAACGCGUUUCGAAGAAAGAUGUCGCUCGAGGCGAUCUCAAAGCUGAUGAUGGCGUGGAACUCAAUUCUGAGUGCAGCAAUGAGAAAUACGAGAUUGGUCUCUCGCGUGCCAUGAGCAUAGCUACGCUGGACAGCGACAUGGAGGAGCCUUCAAGCAUUAGCUACUUAGACAAUGUCCUGCGCUAUGAAUUCCAACGUGGAGCCGAAGAGCGGCGCGGCAGUGAUCCAAGGUGCAACAUCAAUGCGAGUGAUACGCGAACACUGCUCCGCUCACCUUCCUGGCGAUCCUUGGCGCAAGCGGAGGCGGACGAGAUGUCGCCCACGGUUUGGACCGCAGACGGUUUGGAGAAGCAACCUGCUGCAGCAGACAGAGAGAAGGGCCCCAUUCAGCAAUUCUGCGAGGAUUUGCAGAACAAGAGGGCCUGGACCGCUGCAUACGUUUUCUUCACUGCCUAUGCACUUUUCUCCAUUGACAUUGAUGCCUUGGCGGGCGACAAGUCUUCCAGGGUCGGCAUUGCCGUUUGUACAACCUUUGUGGCAGUGGCAUUUUUAGUUGAGCUCAUUGUCCACGGUCUUGGCAAAGAGGGCUAUAUCUACAGUGCAUUUUUCAUUUUGGACUUGGUGGCCUUCCUCUCCUUGAUUCCUGAUACCAUCAUCGUCCAGCUUGCCAAUGAUGACAAUUCAUUUGUAGCUGGCCGAUCUAGCAGGCUGACGCGCAUGCUGCGUCUCUUUGGUCGCUCGGCACGGGCCGCGCGGCUGAACCGCUUUGGGCGCAUCGCCCGCAUUGCUGUGCCUCGGAAUGGAGUUCGGGGCUGUGUCAAGGCCUUGAUGCCGAAGAUCCAGGAGCUUCAACGCUACUGGGUCAACAAUGUGGAAGAUGCAGAUGCCACGCGUGUUCUGGAGAAGAAGAUCUAUCGAAUUUUCUGCUUUCUGGACGAGGACAUGGACAGUUACAUCUCGAAAUCAUCCCUCAUAAUCUGUCGAGACAAGCUCUUCGACCUGGCGCUCAUCGAGAAGACGAAGCUGAGCAGCGAUGCAGCUAAUUGGAAGAAACCGGAAUGGACGUCAAAGUUGCGGAUGCUGGCCAACGCUGCCUCUGCCGCGACUGGCUCUCGGGGGCGACAGACCACAGAGAACAGCAUCGGAGGGCAAACGCCUUUGGGGAGCUCGCACCCCCUGAACAUGAGUGAAUCCACAGUGCAAGAUGCAAAGCCAGAGCCGGCGCCGCCGACACCCUCUUCUGCUGCACCAGCAAAGCAGGAGACCCACCUAGCGUUGGCCAUCCCUAGCGAGACCAAGUCCGUUGCGUCACGUCCAGACAAGCCGUUCCCGGACCAAGUGGAAUACAUUGAGUUCAGGGACUCCAUCAUGAAUGAGCCUCCACUCUACGAGUGGCUGAAGAACUCUGUGGUGAGACAGCUGAAGCGAGGGAACAACAUGCAAGCGCUUCGCCAGAGGAAUGCUGAAUACAUUGGCGUUAAGGUCGCUAUGGCCAUCCUGCUCAUCAUCCUGGUGCUGAGCUAUGUGGAGCUUUUGACCAUCGACACAUCCCUGUCUUGGGGGUUUCAGAGCCUCAAUAACUAUCUCAAAAUGACCGGCACUCCGGAAUUGAACGCAACAAUCCCAGAUGCAAUUCGAAGGCAAGUGCAAACCUGGGGCGUUCAAGACGGAUGGGCGCGGCCCAGCAGACCGCUACUUUAUCUGGAUUUGCAGAGGCAUGUGUACUGCAAUUCGCUUCGCCCGGAAGGGCCGAGCUGCUCACUACCGCUCUCUGAACCCAUGCGUUGGCAACCGAAGCGGACCCUGGUUGAAGUGGACCAAGAUCUCGAGAAAUCUCCCUAUCGGCAAAAUGAUUUACUCCUGCUGCGGGAGCCCGACUUUUCGCAGCAGGACGUGGACAUCAGUGCCUCAGAGCUGGAGAAUAGGACGGAAGCUGUGGCUCUCUUCCUCAACAGGGCGGACACUGAAGCCAGUGCACGGGACUCUAUCAUCACCACAUUUGGUGUCCUAUUCCUGAUCAUUUUCGGCAUCAGCCUAUUGACCAGAGAUCUCAACUAUCUCUCGAAGAAUUUGCUGAAGCCAUUGGUGGAGCUUUCUGAUGAAGUUGAAAGUAUCACCCGCUUGCAGCUGGCGGCCACGACAAAUACCCAUGACGAGAAUCAGCCGGCAGUGACCAGUGAGAUCAGGCUGUUGCGGCGUCGCUUUGACAACAUGAAGACGGCCAUCCGAUCGUGGGGAAAAUAUGUGCCAUGGCCAGUAGUCCAGCUGAUGAUGCGAAAGGAUGCAGAAGCCAACAUCGAAGUCUCCGAAAGAAAGGUGACCAUGUUCUUCUCUGACAUCGCGAGUUUUACGACCAUCGUCGAGAGCAUGCCACCACAAAAAUCAUUGCUUCUGCUGAGCCGCUAUUUUCAGGAGAUGUCCAAAAUUGUGGAUCAACAUGGCGGAAUCGUGGUGGAGUUCAUAGGCGAUGCCAUCCUUUGCAUCUAUGGGGCACCGGUGGUGAACGACAAACAUCCAACUGUUGCUGUGAUGGCGGCAGUGGAGAUGCUUGCCGCGAUGACCGGGAUCAAUCAGUGGCUACAUCGGCGAGGCUUGCCAACGAUUUCCAUUCGCUGCGGGAUUCACACCGGCGAGGUCUUGGUAGGCAACAUGGGCAUGCAAUACCGGAUAAAGUAUGGCAUAGUGGGGGACGAAACGAGCAUGCCAGGGAGACUAGAAGAGUUGAACAAGACCUAUGGCACUCAGCUGCUGGUCUCAGAGUCCACACAUAGCGAGAUGGAAAUCGAAGGAUUCGUUUCUCGACCCAUCGACUUCAUCCGCCCAAGUGAAUCCGCUCAGGAAAGGGAGAGUCAACAGAUUUUCGAGGUUUGGAAGAGCAACAAGAAGCCAUCAAAGGCUUCUCUGGAAGAAAAGGCGACAGAUAUGUAUGCGGAGGGCAUGCAACAUUACAGGCACAGACGAUUUUCAGAAGUGCCUUGGCCGCCUUGGCCGAGAGGCCAUCAAGUAAUUGGGAAGUAUUAUAUAUAA